GGGAGAUCUGGCGCCCGCUUCCGCCCUGUGGGCAAGAGGGGAGGAAAUGGCUUCGAAAGCAGCCCGGAAGUCCCGCCUCCGGCUUGGGAAACGGCCCGUCUGCGCCUUUGAACUCGGUGGUAAGCAGCCCGCCCCGCUUCCUGCGCCUGCGCCCCUCGCCUCCUGGGCUGGAGAAACGUGCUUGGAGGGCAGCUGCGUCCAGGUGAGCAGGAGGGGAUCUUUGGCUCUCUUUUUUGCAAAAAAUAAAAAUGGGGAUUUAAUCCCAGAUGAUGGAGCAAAGUUGCUGGAGGGGGCAGAGCUGGGAGGGGGGCAGCCUCGGGCAUUGCAGAUCUGGUGCAUUGCAAAUAAUAAUAAUAAUAAUAAUUAAUAAUAAUUUAUUUAUACCCCGCCCUCCCCAGCCAAGGAGACUGAGAGGAGAUACGAGAGCCAUCUUCAAAUAUCUUAAGGGCUGUCCCAUGGAAGAUGGAGCAAACUUGUUUUCUCCUGCUCUAAUAAUAAAUAAUAAUAAAUUUUAUUUAUAUCCCACCCUCCCCAGCCAAGACCAGGCUCAGGGCGGCUAACACCAAGUAUAAUAACCAUGGAUCAAAAUGCAACUUAAAGGUGUCUGAAAGAAAGUAAUAGAAGUGGAAAGAAAUUGCAAUUGAGUAGAUUGGAAGUCUAGCACAAAGGUGGGGUGAGGGGUGGUGGAUGGUGAUGGGAAAAGGAAUGAUCUGUGGGAUUGAGUGUAGGUAUGUUUGAACAUUUUUAAGGAUUGUAUGAAAUGUAUGCUUGUAUAUUCGCAAUAUGUGUGUAUUAAUGCUGAAUUAUUUUAACAAUAAAAACUUGUCACAAUUAAAACAACAACAACUUAAAACCAGAUUAAAAUGCAACAUUCAAAUGCAGCCUCAUUUCAGUAGAAACUCAAAUCAAAAACUUUUUUGGGGAUGAAAAGGUCAAAUCUUCACCAAGGCCAACUAUCCAGAUGGGUCCUACGUGGGCCAGAAAAAAGCCAGGUCACUUGCAAGGUCACACACCCCACCAGUUAGGAUAAAGUUUAAAAUGUGGCUGCGAAGGUACCCUUUUAAAAGAAAAAUAUAUGAGGGUUGUUUUUUUUUGCUAAGGUAGACUGCGCCCGAGGCAGGAAGCUCUCCUGCCUGGGGAGGCAAGAUGGGCCCCUCCAUUGCAAGCAGCGCAGUGGAUGCAAAACAGAUCGUGGCCUCGUCUUUCAAAUGCAACAAAAGAUGACCAGGCUCUUCCUGGAACUGUUAAAAGAAAAGGCGAUGGCCUAAAAUGCCCCUUUUCCCCAUCAACACGCCCCCACCUCCCAGUGACUCAACAAGAAGUUUCUUUUUUUUAAUAUAUAAAAAUUUGUAUUAGUUUUUUUAACAUACCGUUUUCAACAGUAAUUAAACAUACUUUUACAUCCUAUACAAUUCUUUUGACUUCCACCAAUCCUGUCUGAAAAUUCUCCCAUCUAAUCUCUCAGUAUACAUUUCUUACUUUCCCUAUUACAUCUCAUAACUGAUAUCUCUAUUCUUUUUCUACUUUGUAAUGUUGCAUAUAUUUCUCCUUGCAAAACUUAUUGUAGUGACUCAACAAGAAGGUUCAGUGGCUUGAAGAUCCCUCCAAAAAAGCCCCAAAGCUAAGUUAAUUUCUUAACCCUCCCUGCCCCAAUAAAGCAGAAUAAAGACGUCUUCUCUACACCCCAAGGCCUUUUCUCAUAGAUUUAGGACAAACUUUUUCCUGCCUAGCACUUUAAAAAAACCCUCAGUAGCUAUCAGGAAGACAAGGUUUUUUUUGGUGUGUUUUAAUAUUUUGUUGGAAUCACCCAGAAUGGCUGGGGAAACCCAGUCAGAUGGGUGGCUAAUAAUAAUAAUUAUAAUAAUAAUAAUAAUGGUUUUCCAGCUCCGCUUUUAUUGUAUUUUUUGGCCACAAAAACUGCUUCUCCCCGGCUCAGUUUUCCCCAAGGGAGUUGCUUGCAGAUCCUAUCACUUGCUAAUGUUGCAAGUGGAGAUCAGGGCCAAAUUCUGGUCCGGUUUGGAGAUUAAUGGGCCGGUGGCAACUUUUUGCAAUAGCUAUUCUAGUUUCACCUCCACCCUGGAGGUAGGAGGUUCCAUUAUCGCCCACUGGGUGUCUUUCACAAGCCUUGGGGCCAAAGGUGUUGUAAGCAAAAUCUGCCCUUUUUCCUUUAUGGGGUAUAGAGUCCUUACGUACCAGGUUCCAAUGUUGGCUGGGCAGACAAGAAUGAAUGAAUAUUUAUGUCAGCCAUCAGCCGUAGCAAUAAAACAACAGUGCAAUAUACAAAGAAUAGAAAUAAAAGUCAAAUACGUUUUGGGGUUUGGAAUCAACAGUCAAAUGGUGGAUCUUCUUCUGAUUGCCCCAGCUAAGAACCUUGCAACUGUAAUAAAUGAAAAUCUGCCCUUAUUCCCUUAUGGGGGACACAAGAGCCCUUAUAGAGUCCUUUGUAGGUUCUCCAUCGGUCGGAGAAAAUAGCAGAGGCCAACCAGAGAAUAUCGAGAAGCAAAGCAGCUAGUAAGCCUGAUCUGUUGCAACAGGGUGCUUCCCUCACACGCAGGAGAGGAGGGGGAACCCAGAACAAUAGCGCACAAGGCCUUAUAUAGACAUUUUAAAUGCCCUGCCCUGGAGCUCCAGACCCACCCCUCCAUGUAUCAUACAUACAUCACAGAAGGGGUGUAACCUAAGACUACCCCCCAGAUACAUCAUACCUACAUCUCAGAAAAGGCGGUCUACAGCAGAAAUCUGAGUGCUUUGUUUACCUCCUAUCUGCCAGGUUACCUGUUUAAUGGUCACUUGAUUGGAUACCCUGGGGAGCCUGGCCAGUCUUUUGUAAAGAUAAAUACUUAGUUCCUGAGCCAGGUCACAGGCUCACCCUAUUCAUACACAGACACUUAAGACAGGAUUUGUGAAUGAAAAGACAAUGGGGAGGUUUUUCCGUUUUCCUUUGACCUUGCAGAGAAAACAUUUGCUCAGUUUGAGAAUUGCUGUAAACAAAAAUCUGCCCUUUUCCCUUAUGGGGUAUGCAAGAGCCCGGAUAGAGUCCUUACAUAGGUUCUCUAUUGGUAGGAGAAAAUAACAGAGGCCAACCAGAGAAUAUUGAGAAGCAAAGCAGCUAGUAAGCUUGAUCUUUAUUGAUCUGUUGCAACAGGGUGCUCCCCUCACAUGCAGGAAAGGAGGAAUCCAGAACAAUGGCGCGCAAGGCCUUAUAAAGACUGUUGAAAUUGCCACCCUGUAGAUCAAGACCAAAUGGGACAUGGGUGGGGCUGUGGGUUAAACCACAGAGCCUAGGGCUUGCUGAUCAGAAGGUCGGCGGUUUGAAUCCCCGCGACGGGGUGAGCUCCCGUUGCUCGGUCCCUGCUCCUGCCCACCUAGCAGUCUGAAAGCUCGUCAAAGUGCAAGUAGAUAAAUAGGUACCGUUCCAGUGGGAAGGUAAACGGCAUUUCCAUGCGCUGCUCUGGUUCGCCAGCAGCGGCUUAGUCAUGCUGGCCACAUGACCCGGAAGCUGUAUGCCGGCUCCCUCGGCCAAUAAAGCGAGAUGAAUGCCCCAACCCCAGAGUCGGCCAUGACUGGACCUAAUGGUCAGGGGUCCCUUUAGAUGAAGACCACCCCCAGAAACAUCAUGCAUACAUCACAGAAGGGGUGUAACCUAAGACCCCCCCCCCACCAGAUACAUCAUACCUACAUCACAGAAAAGGCUGUCUAAAACAAAAAUGUGAAUGUUGUUUUUCCUGUUUGCCAGGUUAUCUGCUUGCCUUUCCUGAUAGUCUGUCACCCAUUAAAAUCCUGAUUAAUCAAUUCCUGAGACAAUGGGAAGGCUCCCUGACCCCCCUUCCUCCAUGCAGGGAAAACAUUUGGUCAGUUUGGGAAUCAAAAAUGGUUUCAGGUCAGUCUUCCUGUGCUGAUCUAUGUACAUGUUUGGCUAGUAGACUUAUGAACAUUGAACAUAUAUCUAAGAUGUGGGUGGCGCUGUGGGUUAAACCACAGAGCCUAGGGCUUGCUGAUCGGAAGGCCGGCGGUUCGAAUCCCCGCAACGGGGUGAGCUCCCGUUGUUCGGUCCCUGCUCCUGCCCACCUAGCAGUUCGAAAGCACCUCAAAGUGCAAGUAGAUAAAUAGGUACCGCUCCGGCGGGAAGGUAAACGGCGUUUCCGUGCACUGCUCUGGUUCGCCAGAAGCGGCUUAGUCCUGCUGGCCACAUGACCCGGAAGCUGUACGCCGGCUCCCUCGGCCAGUAAAGCGAGAUGAGCGCCGCAACCCCAGAGUCAGUCACGACUGGACCUAAUGGUCAGGGGUCCCUUUACCUUUACAUAUGCCUGCUCAAGUAGGAAAUAGUUUCUUUACAUUUAAUAUAUCUAAGACCUUAAAAUUCCUAUCACAAGGCCAGGAGUGGGUGUGUGGGUCAGAGAUCAUGAGUCUGGCUCCAGAAUGCAAACAGGCCAGGAUCAUGUGCUCAGCUGCAGCCGACUGCUCUCCACGCCUGCAGACAGUGCUCGCCUUGUGCAAUGCACCCGUCUCCUGCCAAUUGUGGGAUGAUCUGAUCUCUGCCUAUCUCGCACGCCUCUUGUUUGCUUCCAAUCUUGCUUCCUCCUGCAGGCGGAAAACCGGGACACAAGGACACGAGAGUGAAGGAGGCAAUCUCUGUAGCGUCUGGAUUUGGGGAGGACAUCAGCAUGGCCAGCAGCUACCCUAAGCCGGAGGAGAAGACCUUGCAGACCCUUCGGGAUGCUGCCAAUCGCCUUCGGAUUCACUCCAUCCGCGCCACCUGCGCCUCAAACUCUGGGUAAUUCACUGGGACCCUGUAAUUUUUCUAAUUGUGGGAGAUUUGGGGAGGUAUCGAGGGCAGAAUAAGAAGGGUCUGCUAGAUCAGGCUACAGACCAGCAGUUCGAACCCCUGGGGUGCAAGGAAGAGGACUUUCCAUCACUUCCCUCCCAGACAUUUCCCCUUAGUUCCUAUGGGUCUCCUCUGGAGGAGGAAAGGGGGAGCCCCCUGUGAGCUACCUAGCCUGUAAGAGAGGACCUCUCCCCACUCGUAGCUGGAAUUGCAUAUUUGGGCAGCUUUGAACAAUUUGGGGCAAUUAAAAUGUUAAAGGUUAAAUCUUGUGGAGGGAGGAGUGUUAAGGUAUAUAGAAUUGUCCAUAUGGUUGAUUUGAAUAUUGAUUAUGUAUACCCAAUGUAUCAGCUGCCUGGGGGUUCUCACUGUUUGUUUUCACUGUUUGUGUUUUGGUUGUUGGUUAAAAUAUAUAUAUAUAUAUUUUAAUAAUAAUAAAAAACUUGCAACCUGGGGCUUGGCAUACACUAUGCUUAGGACGCAGGCGAGUCCUUGCUUCGCCAUGGACUGACUUGGGCAGGUUUCCCUGACCAGCCUUUGACCAGCGCGGCUUCUCCCUCCUCCUUCCGGCUGCUGCUGUUUUCUCACCGUUUGCCUCCUGCCCUCUUGCUCCAGCCACCCCACCUCCUGCUGCAGUGCGGCCGAGAUCAUGUCUGCGCUCUUCUUCCACACCAUGCGCUACAAGCCGGACCAGCCAGGCCACCGCAGCAACGACCGCUUCGUGCUCUCCAAGGUAAGGAGUCUCUGAUGCCGGCCUCUCUUUCGCCCGCUGGGCACUCCUCCAGAUGUCUUGGACUACAAUUCCCGUGAGAGAGGAAUAAUAAUAAUAAUAAAAAUAAAUAUUUUUAUUUAUAUCCCGCCCUCCCCAGCCAAAGCCGGGCUCAGAGCGGCUAACAACAAUAAAAGUAACACAGUUUACAUAAAAUCACACUCAAAUAAUUGAAAUAUAUUCUAAAAUCAAUUCAUUCUAAAAUCAAUUCAAAAGCGAAUUAAUGGCAAGCAUUGGGUUAAUGUGGAUUACCAGAGGAGGGGGCCAGACUGUGCCUUGGCCAAAGGCCUCGUGGAACAGCUCUGUCUUGCAGACACUGCAGAAAGAUGUCAGGUCCCGCAGGGCCCUAGUCUCUUGUGACAGAGCAUUCCACCAGAUCGGGGCCACAGCUGAAAAAGCCCUGGCUCUGGUUGAGGCCAGCCUAACUUCUCUGUGGUCUGGGACCUCCAAGAUGUUUUUAUUUGAAGACCGUAAGUUUCUCUGUGGGACAUACCAGGAGAGGCGGUCCCGUAGGUAUGAGGGUCCUAGGCCAUAAAGGGCUUUAAAGGUUAAAACCAGCACCUUUAAACCUGAUCCUGUACUCCACCGGUAGCCAGUGCAGCUGGUAUAGCACUGGAUGAAUGUGAUCCCGCAGCGAAGACCCCGUAAGGAGUCUUGCCGCGACAUUCUGCACCCGCUGGAGUUUCUGGGUCAGUCUCAAGAGCAGCCCCACGUAGAGCGAGUUACAAUAAUCCAGUCUGGAGGUGACCGUCGCGUGGAUCACAGUGACUAGGUCAGGGCGAGAGAGAUAAGGGGCCAACUGCUUAGCUUGGCGGAGAUGAAAAAAUGCUGCCUUUGUUAUAGCUGCAAUCUGCACCUCCAUGGAAAGGGAGGUGUCAAAGAUUACACCCAAACUCUUAACGGACGGUGCUGGCACUAAUUGUGCCUCCGCAAGAGAUGGGAGUUGCCCCCCCCGCAAUCCCAUAUCGUCCCAACCCAGCCAAAGGACCUCUGUCUUCAAAAAAGAGAAAUGAACAAUGGUCAUCCUCUGCUGGACGAGGCUGAUGGGGUUUAUAGUCCAAGACAUCUUGAGGGGCGCCCAGCGGGCAAAAGCUGACCCUGGCACCGUCCAGGGAAGAGAGUGAGCUAGCUGCAAGCAGGUCCCCUCUUUCACCGCCCCAAAGCCCAAGCGGUCCCUGGGUUCACCUGCGAUUCCUUGCCCUUUGAACAUCUUGACCACCAUGCCUCUGGCCUUCCCCUUCUGCUGCCUCGCUUGCCACAGCGCCUCCCCAUUGUUUGUUAAUUUAUUUUCAUUUAUUAAAUUUGUCCGCCGCCCUUCAUUUGUAGAUCUUGGGGCAGUUCACAUCGUAAAAAUGCAGUACAAAACCAAACAACACCACAAUGUAUUAUGGGGGUUGCAAGCAGGAGGUUCCUUCCUCUGGGCAAAGGGUGACCCCUGCUUUUUCUGUGCUUCCUCAACCCCUGAGCAGGGCCACGCUGCUCCUGUGCUCUACGCUGCCUGGGCUGAGGCCGGUUACCUCAACGAGUCCGAUCUGCUGAAACUGAGGAAGAUCGACUGCGACCUGGAAGGCCACCCAACCCCGGUAAGCGCUUUCCUUCGUACGGCUCUGGCUCUCGGUAGUCGGUGCUGCGUAAUGGGCCCAGCGCUAGAAAUUAGCUGGGUGCCAGGCACGUUUUGCAACUGGUGCACAUCCAACUGUGGAGAUCGCUGGACGCCAAGUCGGCGACUGACAUCUCCCUCUGGCUUCCUUGAGCCAGGUGAGCAGAAGAGCUUAGUUAUUGAAUCCUUUUCCUCCAAGGACUCCAUGGUUCAUUCGCCUCCUUGGUUAAUCCCCACAACAACCCUGUGAAGUAGGUGAUGAGGUUAUGGCCUCCUUGCUUCAGAACAGGGGUCAGCAAACUGGGAACCAGAUGCGGCCCCCCAGGCUCGUAAAUCCGGCCCAUGGACCCUGCCACCCGCUCAAUCAGUCCCCACGCGCUGCGGAUGCCUUGCCGCGCGGGGACUGACUUAUGCAAUGCUGGCACGGCUUCAGAUUGGCUGUAUGUGCUGGUCCCGGGGGCUAACCGAGAGGCGAGGUCCGAGUCCAGUCCAAGGUCGAGGGUGCGGUAUGGAGGCUGUCCGUCAAAGCUGAAGCUGGGUCCAAGGCAGGGAGUCGGGUGAGGUCAGGAACUCUGGCAGAAGAGCAGGUCAGGGUGCAGGCAGAAACAGGCUACCAACAACAUUGCUCCCGCAACUUGGGACUGGGGCUGGCCGGCUUUUAUCUGCCUCGAGGCAUAGGGCGGCCCUGGUCCACAGGUGACUCGCCUCUCCUGGCCUGGAGGCGAGCACUCCUCCUGCGGGAACUUAGUUCCCUCUGCCUCUCUGCCCUGAGCCUCUGCAGCUCAGGAGAGGCUGGAGGGUUACCGGACCCAGAGGCAACCACCUCUUCCCCUGACGGGGCUGAGAGUGAAGCACCUGCAGGCAAUGGGUCCUCCAUCACCUCCGGAGCCAGAGCAGACUCAGCUGGUGCCUGCAGCUGAGGAUCCAGCACAGGUGAGGACCCUUCAGGCUCAAGCCCCAGCCCCGGCUCAGCUGGUUCUGGAGGCGGGGAAUCCUGUGCAGGCUGGGAUUCCUCACGUUCAGCCUCUGAGUCCGAAUCCCAGGCAAUCACACUGUAGGAAGUUCCUGCAACCAACCCGCAGCCUUGCUGGCUGCAUGCUGAAGUAAACCCGGUGCAGCCAUGGACAGAGAGGAGGGCGCCGGGUCUGGGCUGCGCCAUGGGCAUCUUGGCGGGCGCGUCGCAGGGCUUCAGCCGGAGGUUGGCGUGCCUGCUGGCCCUGGUGCCCAGCUCAGCGCUGCUGCUGGUGGCAUGCUCGGCGGCCGCGCUGGAGCAGAUGGAGGGCGAGCUGCGCGCCGCCUGCCCGGCGCUCCACGUGCGCGGCCUGCCCGCUGACAGGCUGCAGUGCGUGGUGCACGCCACCUGGGAGCUCUGCAGAGACGGGCCGAUGGAGUGGCUUCUGCUCGUCAACAACGCCGGUGAGUGGGCACCACCACGACGUGCUCCUGAGCGCGUGCAGAGUUCGUUCCUCCUCCAGGUCCAGAGGCUGCUGCAGGACCGGCUUGCAGGGUAUUUAUUGCGAAGUGUUACCAGUCUCACCUGUUGAGUGAAACUGGAAACUGACUUGUCUGUUUUGAUUGUCGGACCCAUCUUCCCUUGGAAACGCGAUGGUGUCCAGCACGCUCCUGCUGCGCGGCUCUUGAGUCAUUCCGCUUCUCCCGGCUACAGCAGAGUUUUAUCAGCAGUGGUGUGCCAGUGUGUAAGGAUUUAUUAGCAUGGCAGUAAAGCUGAUAACGCGGGUGGCGCUGUGGGUUAAACCACUGAGCCUAGGACUUGCCGAUCAGAAGGUUGGCGGUUCAAAUCCCCGCGACGGGGUGAGCUCCUGUUGCUCGGUCCCUGCUCCUGCCAACCUAGGUAAACGGCGUUUCCGUAGCUCUCAGACACAGCUUCUGCUAUCCUAGGUAAAGGUAAAGGGACCCCUGACCAUUAGGUCCAGUCGUGGCCGACUCUGGGGUUGCGGCGCUCGUCUUGCUUUCUUGGCCGAGGGAGCCGGCGUACAGCUUCUGGGUCAUGUGGCCAGCAUGACUAAGCCACUUAUGGCAAACCAGAGCAGCGCAUGGAAAUGCCGUUUACCUUCCUGCCGGAGCGGAACCUAUUUAUCUACUUGCACUUUGAGGUGCUUUUGAACUGCUAGGUUGGCAGGAGCAGGGACCGAGCAACGGGAGCUCACCCUGUCGUGGGGAUUUGAACCGCCGACCUUCUGAUCGGCAAGUCCUAGGCUCAGUGGUUUAACCCACAGCACCACCCGCGUCCCUUUUGAGGCUCUGUGGUUUACAGCAGCAAAAACAACAAAACAGCCAGGAGAAAGCGGCGACAUGUUGCUUCUCCUUCGCAGCCAAAACAGAAAAUAAAAGUAACUUCCCCUUUGUGCGUGCAGCACAACCCGGAGACAGGACGCCAUGUCCCUUGAGCUAUUAACCCUGUGAGUUCUGGGACUCCUCACAUUUAUAUUUUUCAAAAUAUAGUCCGGCCCCCCACAAGGUCUGAUGAAAAAGUUUGCUGACCCCUGCUUUGGAAUCUGUUGGGUAUGUGUUGCUGGUGGAGCGGCCAGGAAAGCGCCUUGCCCCCUGAUCCAGAACAGUUGGGGAACAAAAGGAUCAGGACCUUGCGGGGCUAAUUGGUUUGCGAUGUUAUCCUCACCCCACGUUCCUCUCCCUUUUUUUCUCCCGCGUUUACAGAGGCUGCCUUUUGUGGACGUGGCCACUGGCUCACUGGGACAAGGCCUGGGAGCUGCUUGUGGCAUGGCCUACACUGGGAAAUACUUUGACAAGGCCAGGUGAGGAACUUACUGGGGAAACUGGGAAGAUCCACCCGGCUGGAGCGCCGUGUGCCAAUUCCAAACGCUUUCUGUGGUUCGGCACGAGUAAACAGUUGGCGUAAUUGAUAUAAACUGUGCGUAAUUGAUAUAAACAGCUCCCCUCAGUCAGAUACAGUGGUACCUUGGCUCUCAAACUUAAUUCGUUCCAGAAGUCCGUUCCAAAACCGAAGCGUUCAAAAACCAAGGUGCACUUUCCCAUAGAAAGUAAUGCAAAAUGGAUUAGGGAAGUUUUUAAUGUCUGACGCUGGAUUAUUUUUAAUAUUUGGCUGGAAGCCACCCGGAUGGGUGGGGUAUAUAAUAAAUUAUUGUUAUUAUUACAUUAAUCCAUUCCAGACUUUUAUAAACAACCCCUAAAACAGCAAUUUAACAUGAAUUUUACACUCUAACGAGGCCGUUGAUCCAUAAAAUGAAAGCAGUAAUCAAUGUACUGUACUAUAAAAUAAAUAACACAGUAACGUAGGGAGUCUUCUCUUCUCAUGAGGUGGCCAAAGUCUUGGAGCCUCAGCUUCAGGAUCUGUCCUUCCAGGGAGCACUCAGGGCUGAUUUCCUUCACAAUGGAGAGGUUGGAUCUUCUUGCAGUCCAUGGGACUCUCCAGAGUCUCCUCCAGUACCAGAAUUCAAAAGCAUCCAUUCUUUGGCGAUCAGCCUUCUUUAUGGUCCACCUCUCACUUCCAUACAUCGCUACUGGGAAAACCAGAGCUUGAACUAUACAGUGGUACCUCAGGUUGAGAACUUAAUUCGUUCCGUAGGUCCGUUCUUAAUUUGAAACUGUUCUUAACCUGAAGCACCACUUUAGCUAAUGGGGCCUCCUGCUGCUGCUGUGCCGCCGCAGCACGAUUUCUGUUCUCAUCCUGAAGCAAAGUUCUUAAUCCGAGGUACUAUUUCUGGGUUAGUGGAGUCUGUAACCUGAAGCGUUUGUAACCUGAAGCGUAUGUAACCUGGGGUACCACUGUACGGACCUUUGUCGGCAAGGUGAUGUCUCUGCUUUUUAAGAUGCUGUCUAGGUUUGUCAUUCCAUCCUCCAUUAUAUCCAGAAUCAUUGCAAAAGUUAUUUGAAGCCUGCCAAAGACCUCAAGUGUUUACAGUGAUCUUUCAAGCACGUUCUAUAUUUGUCCCCUUCUUCGUUGAAGUUUUGACCCUCCUGAUUUCUGAUUUUCCCGGUUAAUCCUGCCACCUCUGCGUAGUCCGAGAAUUUCAUAUGCCAGGACCUCUCUCCCUUCUCGCCUCCUUAAGAAUAAUAACGUUAUUGUGCGAGUACUUGGAGCUUGUAAAGCUGACAGCUGCAAUAAGAGAUAAACCUAAAAAGAUGGUGAAAGAAGAAUGGGAAUGUUUAAAUAAUUAUCUAGGGGAUAAGGGUUCAUCAAGAAAGACCUGGCUAUGUUUAGAAUGAUACCACAUAGGGAAAUGUUCCCUGAUACCAAGAUGAGGGAUUCUAUGGAAUGCAGAUAGAAUUGAUAAGAAUAAUGAUCUAUUGUAACCUUGAUGGAAGCGUACAAAUGGCUCAUCUUCCUCUUUUUUCCUUUUUUUCCUUUUUUCCUUUUCUUCUCCCCCCCCAUCCUCCUCCUUCUUUCCUUUUUCUUUUUUUCUUUCCCAUAAUGGCUUAUGUUUUAUGCUGUGUACUUUGAUAUUUUUGUAGUUUUUUAGCUUUUUCCAUUAUUAUUAUUAAGGAAUUUUUUUUUGUAAUUUUGGUUGUCUAUAUUUAUAUGUAUUUGUUUAAAGCAAAAUAGAAGUAUAUAACAACAACAACAACAACAACAUUAAUUUAGUUAUUUAUAUCCCCGCUUCCUUGGGCCCUGACCUGCCUCCUUCUCCCCCCAGUUACCGCGUGUACUGCCUACUGGGCGACGGCGAGAGCUCGGAGGGCUCGGUGUGGGAAGGUCUGGCCUUUGGCUCCCAGUACCAGCUGGACAACCUGGUGGCCAUCUUCGAUGUCAACCGGCUGGGGCAGAGUGAGGCCGCCCCCCUGCGCCACGACAUGGAGGUCUACCGCAAACGCUGCGAGGCCUUCGGGUGAGUAAGCGCCGCCGGCUGCUUCUGCCUUCGAACCUCCUCUUUGCGGCAACGGCAGGCGGCGGUUCCCAGACUUCCUUCUCCUGGCUGCCCUUCCAGAACAAAAUUUUGCUUGUGACUUUUUUAUUCAUACGAAAUGGUUUGGAAUGCACAACUCUGGUUGUCCUUGGUAUCGCUUGAUUUCUUGUUUUGAAAAGAUACCGAUCCAUAUUCUGCCAAUUUUUCAAAGCACAUGUUUUAAUAUUACACUGAAAAGUUUUUUUAAAGUUUCUUUGAAUGCCCUUGAAUCUUGAAUUGAAGAUUAAGGUAGAAGGUUGAUAGAAUAUAAAAUUUUGUGCCUGUGUUUCUUUUUCUCUUCUUGUCCCCCCCCCUUCUUUCUUUAAACGUACAGCCCCUUACUUUUUAGGAGGGAAAAAGUGUGUCUUAUAGAGCGAAAAAUACGGUAUUUUCUUCUCUUGGGAUAUUAGCUUUGUUUGGUUUUUAUUGUACUACAUGUUGAAAACCUUUAAUAAUAAUAAUAAUAAUAAUAAAGAAUCUUCCUGCCAGACUUGGUGGCUCACAGAUUGAGGUUGAAUCCUGACAAGACAGAAGUACUGUUUUUGGGGGACAGGAGUCAGGCGGGUGUGGAGGACUCCCUGGUCCUGAAUGGGGUAACUGUGCCCCUGAAGGACCAGGUGCGCAGCCUGGGAGUCAUUCUGGACUCACAGCUGUCCAUGAAGGCGCAGGUCAAUUCUGUGUCCAGGGCAACUGCUGACCAGCUUCAUCUGGUAUGCAGGCUGAGACCCUUCCUGCCCGCAGAUUGUCUCGUCAGAGUGGUGCAUGCUCUAGUUAUCUCCCGCUUGGACUACUGCAAUGCGCUCUAUGUGGGGCUACCUUUGAAGGUGACCUGGAAACUACAACUAAUCCAGAAUGCGGCAGCUAGACUGGUGACUGGGAGUGGCUGCUGGGACCACGUAACACCGGUCCUGAAAUACCUACAUUGGCUCCCAGUACGUUUCCGAGCACAAUUCAAAGUGUUGGUGCUGACAUUGAAAGCCAUAAACGGCCUCAAAGGCCCAGUAGACCUGAAGGAGCAUCUCCAUCCCAUCGUUCAGCCCGGACACUGAGGUCCAGUGCUGAGGGCCUUCUGGCGGUUCCCUCGCUGCGAGAAGCCAAGUUACAGGGAACCAGGCAGAGGGCCUUCUCGGUAGUGGCACCCGCCCUGUGGAACUCCCUCCCACCAGAUGUCAAAGAGAUAAACAACUACCAGACUUUUAGAAGACAUCUGAAGGCAGCCCCAUUUAGGGAAGCUUUUAAUGUUUGAUGAAUUAUUGUAUUUUAACAUUGUGCUGGAAGCUGCCCAGAGUGGCUGGGGAAACCCAGCCAGAUGAGCAGGGUAUAAAUAAUAAAUUGUUAUCAUUAUUAUUAUGACUAUCCUCUCCUGCCACACCUUUUGGGAACCGCUGAGUUAAGGAGAGCUCGGCUGCUGGAUCUGGUCAGUGGCCCUUUUGGCUGCUGGAUCCGGCCAACGGCAUCCUGUUCUUGCAGCUGCCAGCCAGAUCUGGGAAGCCUAAAGCCGACCUCCUUCCCUUCUUCUUCCAGGUGGAAUACGUACGUUGUGGAUGGGCAUAAGGUGGAGGAGUUGUGCCAGGCCCUGUGGCAAGCCAGCCAGCAGAAGGGGAAGCCCACCGCCAUCGUGGCCAAGACCUUCAAAGGGCGAGGAAUCGCAGGUGAGCCUGUGGCCCCUUUGUCCUGUGGGGGGUGAAAGAGGGGACCUGCUUGCGGCAGUCAUUCUGGUCCCUGGACGGUGCCUGGGUCAGCCUUCGCGCUCUUGGCACCCCUCCAGGUGUCUGGGACUACAACUCCCAUCAUCCCUGACCAACGCAGUGUGACUGUUCCUCAGUUGGAUCUUUUUUUUACAUAGCGGUAUUUUAUGUAUUGAGGGACGUGGGUGGCGCUGUGGGUUAAACCACAGAGCCUGGGGCUUGCCGAUCAGGAGGUCGGCGGUUUGAAUCCCCGCGACGGGGUGAGCUCCCGUUGCUUGGUCCCUGCUCCUGCCAACCUAGCAGUUCAAAAGCACCUCAAAGUGCAAGUAGAUAAAUAGGUACCACUCCGGCGGGAAGGUAAACGGAGUUUCCGUGCGCUGCUCUGGUUCACCAGAAGCGGCUUAGUCAUGCUGGCCACAUGACCCGGAAGGUGUACGCCGGCUCCCUCGGCCAGUAAAGCGAGAUGAGCGCCGCAACCCCAGAGUCGGCCACAAGUGAACCUAAUGGUCAGGGGUCCCUUUACCUUUAUUUUAUGUAUUGUGACGUGGCUGUUACUUCUAUUGAUCAUGAUCCAGUAACGCUUUAUUGUAAUCGUUGGGAGUGAUUUCCUGCUGAUUUAUGACCAGUUGUUCUUUUGAGACUUAACUUUAUGGUGUAAUAUUAUAUAUUAAAUGCAUCGUGGACCAUCACCUUCUAUGAUGGAAGUUGCUUGUUUUAAAGUCCUAUUUAUAUUAUGAUUUAUUUGUGGUUUUUUAAAAAAUAAUUUUUAUUAAUUUUUCCAUUUAAACGUAUCUAAUCACAUCAUUAUUAUCCAGUUUACUUCUUUGGCUCUUUACAGCCUAUCGACUUCCUUCCCUCCCACCUCUUGGCUUUCAAAAGUAACCGUUAUAUCACAGCAUUUUAUACAUUUUCCAGUUCUAAUAUAACUCAUUGCAAAAUACCUCAAAAUUUAAAUAAAUGUAGAAAGGUAAAAAAUUCCUCAUUACAAGUCUUCAGAUAACCCUACUAGUCUUGUUAAUUGCUUACAGUGGGCUUUUAUUUUGACUUAUUUGCAUCAUCGUAGGGUGCGUUGGUCUUUGUUGUAUGUUUCGCUGUUUCUACCGCCUUGUCUAUAGCAAUGCAGAAAGGCGGCGUACAAAUUGAGAGUGAAAUGCAAUGGAAAAACAACGAUGGGAGUUGUAGUUUAAAACACCUGGAGGGCGCAAGGUUGGCAAAGGCUGACUCCCGGAGUGUUCUCUUGCCUCAGGUGUGGAAGAUGCGGACAACUGGCAUGGGAAGCCCAUGCCCAAGGAGAAAAUGGAGUCCAUCAUCAACGCUCUCCAGGGCCAAAUACCGGCCAAUAAAGUUUAUACCAUCCUGCCGCCGGCCGGAGACGUAGCCCAGGUGACCAGUGAGGAGAUCAAGAUGCCGUCUCCACCCGCUUUCAAAAUAGGAGAAAAGGUACUGCCGGGGCAGCCGGUUAGAAUCAUAGAACUAUUGAGCACUUCCAUCCAUGAAAGACUGGCAAAUUAAAUUUUGUGAAUAUAUACCGUAUUUUUCGCUCCAUAAGAGACACUUUUCCCCUCCUAAAAAGUAAGGGGAAAUGUGUGUGCGCUCUUAUGGAGCGAAUGCAGGGGGAAGGCGGUGGGGGGAAGCCCCCAAGAGCCGCACACACGCUCUGCGUGGCUUGUGAACGGGACCACUGAGCAGAGCCUGGGAUGCAUACAGGCUCUGCUCAGCGCUCCCUUUAAAAAUAUUUUUUUCUUGCAUACCCCUAAACGGCCUCGGUCCUGUACACCUGAAGGAGCGUCUCCACCCCCAUCAUUCUGCCCGGACACUGAGGUCCACCACCGAGGGCCUUCUGGCGGUUCCCUCCCUGCGAGAAGCAAAGCUACAGGGAACCAGGCAGAGGGCCUUCUCAGUGGUGGCGCCCGCCCUGUGGAACGCCCUCCCACCAAAUGUCAAAGAGAACAACAGCUACCAGACUUUUAGAAGACAUCUGAAGGCAGCCCUGUUUAGGGAAGCUUUUAAUGUUUGAUCUAUUACAGUAUUUUAAUAUUUUUUUGCAAGCUGCCCAGAGUGGCUGGGGAAGCCCAGCCAGAUGGGCGGGUUAUAAAUAAUAAAUUAUUAUUAUUAUUAUUAUUAUUAUUAUUACUACUAAAAACUAGGUGCAUCUAACGGUCAGGUGCAUCUUAUGGAGCGAAAAAUAUGGUAUAUAGUACAUCUGGCAAGACUCAUAGCAUUCAUAAGGGGACAAUCGGACCAAAAAUUAUUAAAAGAAUGGGGAUGUGCUAAAGAGUAUAUGAAAAAAAACAUUGUUCUGGAGUAAGCAUAUGUAACGAAUGAAGCUUUGCAGGGUUAAAGAAAGAGAAAAAUGGUGCAAAAAGUAUAAAGAUAGAAGUAAUCCACAUUAGACACAACAAUUUAGAAAGAGUAAAAAUUUUGAGGUCUUAGAACAAAGGAAGUAAAAAUGUGUAUAUGUACAUAAUGAUUAGAACAAUGAUAUGGUUUUAUUUGUAGAUGUGUGUUUUUGUUUUUUGUUCGUGUUUUUUCCCCCUCUUGUGUUUUGCUUUUUUUUCUUGUUUGUACAGUUUUAUUUUGGAUUCAAUGUUUUUAUUUUUUGUUGUAAUUUUGCCUUGAAAAAAAAUUGGGGAAAAAAGAACUAUUGAGCACUUAUGGCCUUCCUUGCCGUCUAACUCCACAAUUCCCACAGUUAUAAAAAGUCCCAAACGCUGUGCCCUUUCCUCACAGGAAAACACCUCUGUACCUUCUUAGAGCAGGUGGGUGCCUUGACGGCGGAACGCUGGUGCCUUUCAGGGGUCUCUAACGUGGUUAACCACCUCCUGUUCCUCCCCGCAGAUGGCCACUCGCAAGGCCUACGGCUUAGCCCUGGCCAAGCUGGGCAGCGCCAGCCCUCGCGUGGUGGCGCUGGAUGGUGACACGAAGAACUCGACGUUCGCCGAGCUGUUCAAGCAGGCCCACCCAGAGCGCUACAUCGAGUGCUUCAUCGCUGAGCAGAACAUGGUGAGCCUGCAAGGAUGGGCCUCCGGGGGAAGAAUGCGGGUGCCGACACCUUAAUUUUUUUAUUGCCCACCCUUCACCCUCGGAUCCGGGAGGCGGGUGACAGCAUUAAAACGCACGGAGGUCCAGUGGUUCCCCCACUGCAAGAAGCGAAUUUGCAGGGCCUUCUUGGUAGUGGCACCUGUCCUGUGGAACACCCUCCCAUCAGGUGUCUAGGAGAUAAAUAACUACACAGGGGGCGCUCGGGUUGCGAACGUGCUCCGUAUGGGAUGCACGUACGUUCGCAACCCGCAGCGUUCGCAACCCGCGUCUGUGCGUCUGCGCACGUUUCAAUUUGGUGCUUCUGCACAUGCGCAAAGCACGAUUUAGCGCUUCUGCGCAUGCACGACUGCCGAAACCCAGAAUAACCUGUUCUGGUGCUUCCGGGUUUCGGUAGUCCGCAACCCGAAAAAUCGCAACCUGAAGCAGCUGUAACCCGAGGUAUGACUGUAUAAGUUUUAGAAGACAUCUGAAGAAGGAAGUUUUUAAUGGUUGCUGUUGAACAGUGUUGUUAAUAUUAUAUGCAGCCAGAUGAGUGGCAUAUACCGCGUUUUUCCGUGUAUAAGACUAGGGUUUUUUAUCAAAUAAAUUAGGUUUAAAAUUGGGGCUCGUCUUAUACACGGGUAAUGCUGAGGGGUGUUUUCUUAAUUUGGAGUCCCCAAAAAUAGGAGGGGGCGUCUUAUACAUGGGGGUGUCUUCUACACAGAAAAAUAGGGUAAGUAAUAAAAUGAAUUAUUAUUAUAUUAUAUUAUAUUAUAUUAUAUCCCACCCAUCUGGCUGAGUUGCCCAAGCCACUUAUUAUUAUAGCAUUAAAAACAAUUCCAAACAGCAUACAGCCACAGAAACAAGGUGGGACCUGCCAUAAAGGUAAAGGGACCUCUGACCAUUAGGUCCAGUCGUGACCAAAUCUGGGGUUGCGGCGCUCAUCUCGCUUUAUUGGCCGAGUUUGCCGGCGUACAGCUUCCGGAUCAUGUGGCCAGCAGGACUAAGCCGCUUCUGGCCAACCAGAGCAGCACAUGGAAACGCUGUUUAUCUUCCCGCCGGAGCGGUACCUAUUUAUCUACUUGCACUUCGACGUGCUUUCAAACUGCUAGGUUGGCAGGAGCAGGGACCGCGCAACGGGAGCUCACCCCGUCAUGGGGAUUCAAACCGCCGACCUAUUGAUUGGCAAGUCCUAGGCUCUGUGAUUUAACCCACAGCGCCACCCGCAUCCCUGGGACCUGCCAUAGGUCAGGGCAAAGAGGUGCUUCUUCAACACGAUCCAGAAGCUGUCCAGUGACAGCGCCAGGCUCACCUCUGUGAGGAGGGAGUUGAGUAGCUUUGGGGCCACCACAGAGAAGACCCUCUUCCAGGCUGCUACUACCCUGAGCCUCGUGAGGGCGGAGGAAUUGUCAAGAGGGUCCCUUUCACCAAACUCAGCACCUGAGAGGGUCUGUCGGGAAGGAGAUGGUCUUUCAUAUAUCUGGGGCCUUGAUGGGUUUCGGGCUUCAGACACCAGCCUGAGACCCUUGAAUGGGACAUGGGAACAAACUGACAAUAAUAAAUUCUGUUGGAAGCUGCGCAGAGUGGCUGGGGCAACCCUGUCAGAUAGGUGGGGUACAAGUAAAAAAAUAUUAUUAUUACUACUUCUUUGGCGAUCCCUCGUAGCUGAGUAAGAUUGUCUUCCAUAAACACGGUCUUAACAAUGAGUCCGUAAGUGACUUCAGAGGCCAAUUCUGGAUCCGCACGUCCUUCCACAGUGGGGACAUUGGUUUCUGCGUGGGAGUUGAUCACAGUGUGGAUUUGCCAAGUGUGCCUUCCUCUAAGCACGUUUCUCCCUUGCGUCCUGAGUUCGAGUGUCUUCAAAGCCCGUGACACCUUUGGGAAAGGCUGUUCUCCAACAGGAGCGCUCACAGCAAGAGUUUCCCAAUUGUUGGUGUUUAUACUACAUUUUUUAAAAUUUGCUUUGAGACAAGUCUUUAAACCUCUUUUGUUGACCACCAACAUUACACUUUCCAUUUUUAAGUUUGGAAUAGAGCAGUUGCUUUGGAAGACGAUCAUCAGGCAUCCGCACAACAUGACCAAUCCAACGAAGAAUGUUGAAGAAUCAUUGCUUCAACACUGGUGAUCUUUGCUUCGUCCAGUACACUGGCAUUAAUUCACCUGUCUUCCCAAGUUACUACUACAGUCAUACCUCAUGUUACGUUUGCUUCAGGUUGUGCGUUUUCAGGUUGCGUCCCACAGCCAUCUGGAAGUAACGGAAUGUGUUACUUCUGGGUUUUGCCGCUCGCACAUGCGCAGAUGUGCAAAAUGACGUCACGCGCAUGUGCAGAAGCGGCAAAUCGCGACCUGCGCAGAUGUGGGUUGUGUUUUUUUCAGGUUGCGAACAGGCCUCCAGAAUGGAUCCCGUUCGCAACCAGAGUUACCACUGUACUCUUAUUAUUACUCUUAUUAUUAUUAUUACUGCUGCUGCUGCUAACCUUGUUUUGCGCUGCGCAGGUCAGUGUGGCCCUUGGCUGUGCCGCCAGGAACCGCAUGAUCCCCUUUGCCAGCUCCUUUGCGGCGUUCUUCACCCGGGCGUUCGACCACAUCCGGAUGGCAGCCAUUUCCCACGCCAACAUCAAGCUCUGUGGGUCCCACUGUGGGGUUUCCAUCGGUAUGUAUGGGGCCUGAUGCGCAAGGCCUGCCUGCCUUACUCAUAGCACUUACGGCCUUCCUUGUCUCAGAGGAGCCUGAGGGGGGCAUUCGCGGUUCUUUCUUCUCCCCACCACUUUUUCAUUACAACAACCUUGCUUUUUUAAAUUUUUAAAUUUCUUAAAAAAAUUAAAUAUAUUUAUUUUAUCAAAAUAAUUCAACAUUAAUACAUACAUAUUACGAAUAUACAAACAAACAUACAUUUCAUACAGCCCUUAAAAAUAUUCAUACAUACCCACACUCAAUCCCACACAUACUUCCUUUUCCCAUCACCUUGUGUUAGACUUCCAAUCUACUCAACUGCAGUUUCUUUCCACUUCUAUUACUUUCUUUCACACACUUUUAAAACCAACUUUCUGCUUCUUUUUCUGUCACAUUGUUAUCCAUCUUAUUUAGUGUUUCAGCAUUUAUAACGGAACUUGUUUAUUCUAAUAGGAGUUCUGUUUUUUCAAUAUGAUUUUGCAAAUAUCCUUUAAACACCUUCCAGUCCUUGUCUAUCUUCUCUUUUGAGAUCCUUCCGAUUUCUCCCAUUGUUUCGGAUAUAUUGUAAUACUCCAGUAAUUUGGCAAGCCACUCUAUUUUUGUCGGUAUUAUACCACUUUUCCAAUUUUUGGAAAUUGGAAAAGUCGUUACAACAGCCUUGCGAGGUAGGUGCGGCUGAGAGGCGGUUCCUGGUCAACAACGGCCCAGCGAGCUUCAUGGCGGGCAACCGACAGCUCAGGAGCUGCAUGCGGCCCCCGGCCUCACAUUAUGUGGCCCCCGGUGCCCCAUUCCUCCACCUAAGCAAGAGUUCCUUACUCCCAUCCUGUUUUUUCUCUCGUUUUCCCCUUUUAAGGUGCAUCCCCUUCUAUCUUCGUAGUUUCAGAAAAGCACAGGGGCAUAAAUGUAAUUUGGUCUUUUUUAUUUUAAUUGGAAUAUUAUGAUUGGAUAUAUUAAUUGGAUGUUUUUGUAUUGGAAAAUCAAUAAAAAUGAUUUUUUUAAAAAAAAGAAAAGGACUGGGGCGAAAAUUAUUUUGCCGUAAAUGAACUGACGUUGGUUAUCAGUGACUAGCUUUUGAGGGGAGAAGCCUCUUGUGGCCGGGGGUUUCUCUCGUGUGCUCUCCCCUGUUUCGUAUUUUUUAAUAUAUAUAUCUCCUGGGUUGGCAAACUGAUUUAUUUGCAUUUUCCUGUGAAAAACAUCAGGAGGGCACCAUUGACCGGAAAGUACAGUGGUACCUUGGUUUGCAAACGUCUUGGAUUACAAACACGCCAAACCCAUAAGUGCGUGUCUCGUUUGCAACCUUUUUUUUGGAUUACGAAAAAACAAAUUUGGGACGCCCUAUUAGCGAAUGCUUGCCUUAGGUUACAACCUGUUUUGGUUUACAAACGGACCUCCGGAACGGAUUACAGUUGUAAACCAAGGUACCACUGUAUUUAUUAUUGCUUUCUUCAUAAAAAGGAUACACCGCUCGAUUGUGGAAAAACCUCAAAGCGGUUUGCAAAAAAAUAGAAAGCAACAAAUUUAUCCAUCAGAAGAAUUGGGAACGGUAGUUUGAAGAUUUUCAGAAGUCGCAAUAACAGCAGAACAAAACUUUAGACAAGCACCUGAAUAGGCUUGUCUAAAGAAAAUUGGUUUUGGCAGCCACCAAAAAAGAGUACAGUGAAACCUCCUGCCUGACAUCAAUAGGCAGGGAGUUCCGAAGUCUAUGUGCUUCUGCACUAAAAUGUCUUGUUAUUACAAAUGCAGAAUUGGCACCUGUAAGAGUGCCAGUCCCAGCAAUCAAAUUGGGGGCAUCUCUGGGGUAUGGCAAUCUUGGAAGUAAAGUUAAAGGGACCCCUGACUGUUAGGUCCAGUUGUGGCCGACUCUGGGGUUGCGGCGCUCAUCUCGCUUUAUUGGCCGAGGGAGCCGGCGUACAGCUUCCGGGUCAUGUGGCCAGCAUGACUAAGCCGCUUCUGGCGAACCAGAGCAGCACACGGAAACGCCGUUUACCUUCCCGCCUGAGCGGUACCUAUUGAUCUACUUGCACUUUGACGUGCUUUCGAACUGCUAGGUUGGCAGGAGCAGGGACCGAGCAACGGGAGCUCAGCCCAUUGCGGGGAUUCGAACCACCGGCCUUCUGAUUGGCAAGUCCUAGGCUCUGGUUUAAACCACAGUGCCACCCGCGUCCCUUCUGGUUCCAAUAAUAAUAAUAAUUUUAUUAUUUAUACCCUGCCCAUCUGGCUGGGUUUCCCCAGCCAAUCUGGGCAGCUUCCAACAAAAUAUUAAAAAUACAUUAAAACAUUAGUCAUUAAAAACUUUCCUAAACAGGGCUGCCUUCAGAUGUCUUCUAAAAGUCAGGUGGUUGUUUAUUUCCUUGACAUCUGAUGGGAGGGUGUACCACAGGGCGGGCGCCACCACUGAGAAGGCCCUCUGCCUGGUUCCCUGUAACCUCACUUCUUGCAGGGAGGGAACCGCCAGAAGGCCCUCGAAGCUGGACCUCAGUGUCCAGGCAGAAUGAUGGGGGUGGAGACGCUCCUUCAGGUAUAUUGGAAGAUUGUAAAGCUCCUUGACAUCUGACAGGAGGCGGGAGCCACCACCGAGAAGGCCCUCUGCCUGGUUCCCUGCAACUUGGCUUCUCGCAGGGAGGGAACCGCCAGAAGGCCCUCGGCGCUGGACCUCAGCGUCUGGGCAGAACGAUGGGGGUGGAGACGCUCCUUCAGGUCCCAAGUUGUUAGAAGUAGGGUGGCUGAUUCCCUGGUUUACGUUCCUGGUUGCUUCUCUCUCCAUCUCCUCUUCUUGGCUGUGAAGAUUAAGCUCUUGUUCCCUUUGUAUCCUGCUUUCCCCCCCAGGGGUCCAGGGCUCUCUACUUUGCCAUCUCCCCCCAUCUCCCCUUUUAUCUUCACAACGGUCCUGCGAGGUAGGUUAGGCUGAGAAUUGCGAAACUGCACCUGCUCGGAGUGUUUUUGUGCAUUGCCUCUUCUGGUUUGUAUUUUGCUUUGAACUAAUUUGGAGUGGAGUGGAGCAGUUAAAGCGCUGGGGUGAGGGGGGGCCUAACUCCUGCUAUCCCAGCAUGUUAACACACCACCUCGGGGGGGGGGGGCCUGCGGAUGCUACACUUGGCUUGUGUUCUGCUUCAGAUGCUUAAUAAUAAUAAUAAUAAUAAUAAUAAUAAUAAUUUAUUUAUACCCUGCCCAUCUGGCUGAGUUUCCCCAGCCACUCCCAAUCAAGUGUUAAAAACAGUACAGCAUUAAAUAUUAAAACUUCCCUAAGCAGGGCUGCCUUCAGAUGUCUUUUAAAGAUAGGAUAGCUGCUUAUUUCCUUCACAUCUGAAGGGACGGCGUUCCACAGGGUGGGAGCCACCACCGAGAAGGCCCUCUGUCUGGAUUCCCUUGAUUAUGGUGGAACUUCGGUUCUCGAAUGUCUCCGUUGAUUAACAGUUCGGAACCCGAACGCCGAAAAGCUGGAAGCGAUUGCUUCCGUUUUCGAACGCGCCUCGGAAGUUGAACGGCUUCCAUGUUUCUCCGGUUUUUUCAAUGGAUUUUGGCAACCGCCCUUUGAUCUUCGCCUUUCAAACGUUUCAGAAGUUGAAUGGUCUUCCGGAACGGAUCAGGUUUGAAAACCAAGGUUCCCCUGUACAGUCAUACCUCAUGUUACGUUUGCUUUAUGUUACGUUCUUUUCAGUUUACGUCCCGCGGUGACCUGGAAGUACCGGAAAGGGUUCCUUCCGGGUUUUGCUGCUCAUGCAUGCGCAGAAGCGCUAAAUCGCGCUUUGUGCAUGCGCACAAGUGCCAAAUCACACUGCGCACCUGCGCAGAUACGCCACUUCAGGUUGCGCUCUUUUCAUGUUGUGAAUGAACCUCCAGUACAGAUCCCAUUCACGACCAGAGGUUCCCCUGUACAGAGGUACCUCGGGUUAAGUACAUAAUUCAUUCCGGAGGUCCGUUCUUAACCUGAAACUGUUCUUAACCUGAAGCACCACUUUAGCUAAUGGGGCCUCCAGCUGCUGCCGCGCUGCUGGAGCACGAUUUCUGUUCUCAUCCUGAAGCAAAGUUCUUAACCUGAAGCACUAUUUCUGGGUUAGCGGAGUCUGUAACCUGAAGCGUAUGUAACCUGAGGUACCACUGUACUUGGUUGAGCAGCCAUGUACUAAAUCCGAGUUUAGGUACAGAGCCGGAGGCUUGGGCUCCAUUGCACAAUUUGCGCAGAAGCAUAAGGUUGGAAGGGAACCCCAAUGGCCAUCUAGCCCGACCCCCAGCAAUGCAGGAAUCGUAGCACCAGGAGGCGCUGUUGUGGUUGUCUUUCCCUCCCUGGCAUGGCAUGGGCUCCUGAGCUUUCUCUGGCAUGCGGCUGGAGGGUCACGCUGUUCCCGCUGCCUCCCCAGGUGAGGACGGACCUUCUCAGAUGGCCUUGGAGGACAUCGCCAUGUUCAGGACCAUUCCGGGCUGCUCCGUCUUCUACCCCAGUGACGCUGUGUCCACUGAGCAUGCUGUCCUUCUGGCUGCAAACACCAAGGUAAGUGGGGCUGCCUACGUCUGGUUAAAACAUUGUCGCCGGGAAGCGGAAGGGGAAGCCACAGCUCUCCGAAAUCCCAAUUUACAGUGGUCCCUUGGUUCUCAAACGCCUUGGUACUCAAACGCCUUGGAACCCAAACACUGCAAACCCGGAAGUAAGCAUUCCAGUUUGCGAACUUUUUUCGGAAGCCGAACAUGCUCCGUUUUGAGUGUUACUCUUCCGAUUUGAGUGCUACACUUCUGUUUUUGCUAUUUAUUUUGCGUUUUUGUUUUUGUGGCUCUUUUUGUUUGUUUUUGUGACUGUGUGGAACCCAGUUCAGUUACUGAUGGAUUGAUUGUGCGACUGCAGUACAUCGUUUAUUGCUUUCAUUUUGUGGAUCGGUGAUCUCGUUAGAUAGUAAAAACCAUGUUAACUUGCUGUUUCAGGGGUUGUUUUUGAAAGUCUGGAACGGAUUAAUCCAUUUUGCCUGACUUUCUAUGGGAAAGUGUGACUUGGUUUAAGAACGCUUUCGUUUUGGAACGGACUUCCAGAACGGAUUAAGUUUGAGACCCAAGGUACCACUGUAUCGCCAUUGGCACCUUCUGACAAGUGUGUCAAGCGUUGGCUGUCGCAAAGCACAUUGUGCAAAGCUGGGGUCUUUUUCAGCCGAGGGCCGCAUUACCUUCUGGGGCAGCUUUUCGGGGGCCGCACGCCAGUUGUGGGUGGGGCUGGAGGCGGAAGUGGGUGGAGCAAGGGAUGUUAAUUUUGCAAGAGGCUGGUUUGUGCGUGUACUGACACACCCCUCUCUACCCAGGGAAGCAAGAGGCACGAUCAGAGUUCAGGAAUGCAUCCCAGCCAGGCAAAAGCACAAAGCAAUGUUUGGGGGUCCCCAUUUGGCCCUGAGCCCCCCCACUCCUACAAUGAAGCCACAACGAUACCAUACGAUAAUCUUUAUUGUCAUUGUCCCAUACAGAACAACGAAAUUGAAAAAAUCUACAUCGGACAUUCAAAACCAACAAGCUUGUUAUCCCAGCUAUCGCAGCCUGGUUAGCCCCCUAAAAACUCUGAUACCCCAUAAUUAAAUACAAUAUACUCCCAUCGAGACUACCUUACACUGGGUUUAAAACCAAAAUCGCAUUUGGGUAGAAGCUGUUUCUCAGGCGGCUAGUCCUAGUCUUUAUAACCCUGGACCUUCUUCCAGAAGGCAGAAGCUGAAAGAGAUCAUUUCCAGGGUGCACACUAUCCUGCCCUAUCUCUGCAGCUUUCUUAUGACACCUGAAAGCGUAGAUUUGAUCCAAGGUGGGAAGAGGGCACCCAAUUAUUCUCUCCGCAGUCUUUACAACCCUGGACAACGUUGUUUUUUCCCUGACCGUGCAGCUCCCAAACCACACACACAGACCAUAAGUUAAUACAUCUCUCCACAGUACAAUGGUAAAAUGUCAUCAACAGGUCCUUUGAGAGAUUGUUUUUCUGGAGGAUUCUCAGAAAAUAUAACCUCUGCUGUGCUCUCUUCAUCAGGUCUUUGCUGUUUUCUCCCCAGGUUAGGUCAUCUUUCAACUCUAUUCCCAGAAAUCAAAACGCCGAGACCUGUUCCACACACUUCCCCUCAAUAAUGAGCAGCUGAAUAUUCAAUUUACAUUUCCUAAAGUCCACAAUGGGGCGCGGGUGGCGCUGUGGGUUAAACCACAGAGCCUAGGACUUGCCGAUCAGAAGGUCAGCGGUUCGAAUCCCCGCGACGGGGUGAGCUCCCGUCGCUCGGUCCCUGCUCCUGCCCACCUAGCAGUUCCAAAGCAUGUCAAAGUGCAAGUAGAUAAAUAGGUACCACUCCAGCGGGAAGGUAAAUGGCAUUUCCGCGCGCUGCUCUGGUUCGCCAGAAGCGGCUUAGACAUGCUUGCCACAUGACCCGGAAGCUGUACGCUGGCUCCCUCGGCAAAUAAAGCGAGAUGAGCGCCGCAACCCCAGAGUCAGCCACAACUGGACCUAAUGGUCAGGGGUCCCUUUACCUUAAAGUCCACAAUAUUCACUUUUGUUUUCUCUAAGUUAAGGAGUGAGUUGUUUUUCCUGCACCACUCCCCCAACUGCUCAACUUCCUUCGUAUCGGCUGCCUCCCCCUCUCCAGCCGUGAUUAAACCAACCACCGUUGUAUUAUCUGCGACAGCUUGCUGGGGUGGAGGUUGCACGAUAACAUUAGUCAGAUCUCCAGGCGUCUUCUUCCAGUUUCUGGAAGUGCAUCGUUCUUUCUGCGCUUUUGCACAGUCCAGGCAAACUCUGUGUUUUUAUCAGCGCAACCCUGGAGCUUCUGCAGAUCUUUGACCCCUCGUGCCUGACCCUGUCGUGCCCCAGGACAUGUGUAAACACAAAGUGGGAGCCCUGCUGCCUCCCUUUCGUUGAAAUGUGAUCUUUGCUCCUCCAGGGGAUAUGCUUCAUUCGAACCAGCCGCCCAGAGACUCCUGUCCUCUACUCUCAGGACGAAAAGUUCGGGAUUGGCCAUGCCAAGGUAAAGGGUGUGAUUUGAUUUUUCAUCGGUUUCGCCGUCUGCAUUUUGAAGGGAGAAGAGUCGUUCCGAACAGGACCGUCGUCAGCUUUCGUCCCUCAAUUUAAAAGCUGCUCUGCCCCAUUAAUAAUAAUAAUAAUAAUAAUAAUAAUAAUAAUAAUAAAAAUAAAAAUUUAGGGAAGUUUUUUAAUAUUUAAUGCUGUGUUGUUUUUAACACUCGACUGGGAGCCGCCCAGAGUGGCUGGGGAAACUCAGCCAGAUGGGCGGGGUAUAAAUUAUUAUUAUUAUUAUUAUUAUUAUUAUUAUUAUUACCCUGCCCAUCUGGCUGCGUUUCCCCAGCCACUCUGGGCGGCUUCCUACAGAGUAUUAAAAUACAAUAGUCUAUUAAACAUUAAAAGCUUCCCUAAACAGGGCUGCCUUCAGAUGUCUUCUAAAAGUCUGGUAGUUGUUUUUCUCUUUGACAUCUGGUGGGAAAGCGUUCCACAGGGCUGGUGCCACUACCAAGAAGGCCCUCUGCCUGGUUCCCUGUAACCUUGCUUCUCGCAGGGAGGGAACCGCCAGAAGGCCCUCGGAGCUGGAUCUCAGUGUCCGGAUAGAACGAUGGGGGUGGAGACGCUCCUUCAGGUAUACUGGGCCAAGGCCGUUUGGGGCUUUCAAGGUCAGCACCAACAACCAACCAUUUUGUUUUUAAGUGCCAACGGUCUGGUUCAAGUGGAGCUCAUCCUUUUGCGCCGGUCCCGCUCGCCCCAGAAUAUUCCCCAGUGCCUAAAAAAAUUCAAACCCCUCUUCUCCACACUGUUGUCUCAUUCACACAUUGACACCACAAAGCUGUGCCGGUCCAGAAUCGUGGAAUUGUAGAGUUGGAAGAGACCCAGGGGUCACCUAGUCCCCCCGCCUGCAAGGCGAACUGUGAAUUUUAGAGGCGAUAUUGUUGCAGGCAGCAUAGGACUUAAUUGGCGGGGCAUUGUCUCCCCAUGUUCUAGGGCAGGGUUUCCCAAACUUGGCCCUCCAGCUGUUUUUGGACUACAACUCCCAUCAUCCCUAGCUAACAGGAGCAGUGGUCAGGAAUGAUGGGAAUUGUAGUCCAAAAACAGCAGGAGACCCAAAUUUGGUAAACACUGUUCUUAGCACCAAGGCUGCAACAAACAGAUCUUCUGAAGCCUAAUAACAAUAACAAUAACAACAACAACAAUAAUAAUAAUACCAUCGUAUUUUUCACUCUAUUAGACGCACGGGACCAUAAGAUGCACCUAGUUUUUAGGGGAGGAAAACAAGAAAUAAGAAAGCAAUGCAAAGCCUCCUGAGCUAAGAGGGAGCGCUCCUCUCUCUUCGCUCUGGAGGCUUUGCGGGGCUAUCCCUGAAGCCAGGAGAGCAAGCAGGAUCGGUGCGCACCGAUCCCUCUUGCCCUCCUGGCUUCAGCGAAAGCAAGCCUCCUGGCUUUGCCCCCACCUCCCGCAAGAGCCGCGCGCUCUUUAAAGGGAGCGCGGCUCUUGGGGGCUUUUCUGGGACGUGGGGGAAGGGACAGAGCCGUGCGCUCUGUCCCUUCCCCCACCUCCCGCAAAAGCCAGGGAUAGCCCCGCAAAGCUUCCGCAGGGCAGCGGGAUGAAGGCUCCCCGCUGCACUGCGGAGGCUUCUGGCUUAGCCUCGCAGCCUACAUUCACUCCUUAAGACGCACACACAUUUCCCUUUACUUUUUAGGAGGGGGAAAGUGUGCCUUAUAGAGUGAAAAAUACGGUAUUCUUUUUCCCCAGCCACUCUGGGUGGCUUCCAACGAAAUAAUAAAAUACAGUGGUCUGUUAAACAUUAAAAGCUUCCCUAAACAGGGCUGCCUUCAGAUGUCUGAAGCCCAAAAGUGUCCAUAUGACAGACCGAAAAGUGUAUGCAGGAAUACUUGAAUUACGGAGCCAUGCAUGUGUCAACUACUAGUACCAGACUUCACCAGCCUUCUGCCUUCCAGAUGUUUUGGACUUCAGCUCCCAUCAGCCCUAGCUGGCAUGACCAAUAGCCAGGAAUGAUGGGAGUUGCAGUCCAAAUAUCUGCAGGGCUAAAGCUUAGCCAUCUCUGUCUGGGGAUAUAAUAGUUCUAGUUUGUUGGCUGACAAGUCGUUUUCCGUGUCCCUAUAGGUUGUGCGUAAGAACGAUGCGGACAAGGUGACUGUCAUUGGGGCAGGAGUCACCCUCCACGAGGCCCUCACAGCUGCUGAUGAGCUGGCCAAGCAAGGUAAUCGGAACGGUAGCGUUGGAGAGGACCCCAUGAUUCCCCUAGUCCAGGGGUGUCUGAUUGGUUGACCACGAUCGACAGGAUCCUUAUCUCUCACGUCUAUAAAAAUGUCUCCGUCCCGCUCAGUCUUCCCCUGUGCUGUGUUUAGUGUCCCUUCCUUAUUAAUUUGCUGUAGCGCUGUGUUGGUCUGUUAGCGGUUGUGUUGAUGGUGAGCGAUUUACCGUAUUUUUCGCCCCAUAAGACGCACCUGGCCAUAAGACGCACCUAGUUUUUAGAGGGGGAAUGCAAGGAAAAAAAUAUUCUUUAAAGGGAGCGGUGCGCAGAGCCUGUAUGCAUCCUGGGUUCUGCUCAGCGCUCCCUUUAAAGAACGCUUGCAGGCUUUUCCCCGAGGAGGGAGAAGGGCAGUGACGGGCUGCCCUUGUCCCUCCUCGGGGGAAAAGCCCCCAAGAGCCGCACACACGCUCCACACGGCUCUUUAAAGGGAGCACUGAGCAGAGCCUCCCGCCUGCAUUCACUCCAUAAGACGCACACACAUUCCCCCUUACUUUUUAGGAGGGGGAAAGUGCGUCUUAUAGAGGGAAAAAUACGGUAUUUCAAUUCUGCACCCUUACUGCGUCAACAACUUUGACCUGCCUCCCCUAAAAAAAGAUCAACAAUUUUGGUUUGCCAGCCGUAAAGAAAGCUCAACAACUCUGAUCUCCCCCCUCAAAAAAAAUAAAUGGGUAGAUUACUGCCACGUUUUUUUCUGGGAGUAGAUCUCUUGGGAGUUGGACGUCCCGGAUCUAGUCGAAGCCACCUGCGAUGCAGGAAUAACAGACGGCUGCAGGUCUCGCCGGAGGUUUGGGGUGUUGAUGGCAUCUCUCCUCUCCGCCCUGCCCCAAAUGCUCCUUCCCACAAGCCUUUUGCUUCCUUUUUAGGCACCCACAUCCGGGUCAUCGACCCCUUUACAAUCAAGCCCUUGGACGCCGCCACCAUCAUCUCCAAUGCCAGAGCCACCGGAGGCCGAAUCAUCACCGUGGAGGACCACUACAGGGAGGGUAAGCGGGUUGCGGCUGUGGAGCAGGGCACCUGGAACGGCACAUUUCCCAUCAAUUCCUGGCGCGUUUCUUGACUUUCUCCUGCUGCCCUCCUUCGACGGUCGUGUGCCCUGGAUAUCGAUUCCUCCCUCCCUCUCUCUUUUCUUUCUUUCUUUUUUAAUUUUUUGAUUUUUCAACAAAAUUUAUUAGUAAUUUAUUAGUAAUUUCCACACAACACCACGAAAGAUAUCAAAAAACAACAAUACACAACACACAAAAAUCAACAUUCGAAAACUAAAAAAAAACAACCAAAACAAAACACCAAAAAAAAUCCAUAUCUUACAAGUUAAUAUUAUAAACACUAAAACAACAACAACAACAAGACAUUGACUUCCACCAAUCCCACAGCACCUCCUUUAUCUCUCAUUGUGCCUUCCUGUUUUCUUUAUCAUCUCUAUCCUAACAUCUAGAUAUAAACCCUUCUUUCUUAUCCUUUCGCUUCACAAGGUUAUUCCAGACUCAGCCAGAUUUCUGCCCUCGAACCUUGACUUUUGAGGUAUUCUAUUAGGCACUCCCAUUCUUUUUUUACUUCACUUUUUGGUUUUUGUCUUAUUAUGUCUGUCAAUUUGGCUAAUUCUAAGUAUUCUGAGAGCUUACAUAGCCACUCUCCCCUAGUGGGUAACUGAUUCCCUUUCCAGUACUUUGCCACCAGGAUUCUUGCUGCAGACGUUGCGUAUAAGAAAAAAAUAGUUUUGUCUUUUGGAAUAGUGUCAUUUAAAAUUCCUAAAAGGAAUGCCUCUGGCCUUUUACUAUAUGAUAUUCUUAAUAUUUCCUUUAUUUUUUCAUGGAUCACGCUCCAAAAUUCUCCCUCUCUCUUUCUAGGAGGUCUUGGUGAGGCCGUGGCGGCGGCCGUCUCCGGAGAACCCGGCAUCUUGGUCCAGAGCCUGGCUGUGUCGGCCGUGCCACGCAGCGGGAAGCCCAGCGAACUCCUGGAUGCGUUUGGGAUCAGCGCUAAGCAUAUCGUGGCCGCCGUGAAGAGCACUUUUGCCAACUGAUUCCUCUUGAGGUUGGUGGGGAGGGCAGGAGAGAUUUGAGAGAGGCGUUUUCUGAAGAGCCAAAAGUGUCUCCCCAAACACACCCUUGUCUGACUUCUCCGUCCCGGUUUUGACAGACAUGCUGCUAGCAUUCCCUUUUGACCUUGUGCCGAGUGAGAAUGGAGCUUUUAACUGACCAAAUGACCGUCCUGUUCCCAUUUCCCCUCCAUCCCCAAGCCAUCCUAUUUGCUCUCAAACUUCUCUAGGCCCAAAAAGUGUCCCGGUCGUCCUAUUGGAACAAUAAAUAGUGCUUGUCUUACUUAAACCUUUUUACCCUUGUGCCUGACGCCUAACUUCUGUGGCUGUUAUUUUCUCGAGCCUGACAUUCCAUGGGCAGCUUGGGUAGAGUUUCCUACCAGGAAAGGUUACUGACACAUGAGCAAAUGUUGACUGUGGAAACGCAUAUAGCUCUGACAAAAAGAUCCGUUUAUGAAUUCUGUUGUCUUAGUCGGAAACGGAAGGGGCCGUUUCCCUGUUUUUCCUUGUACUGUAACUGCUAUCCACAAACAGUGUUCACCCGGCGAGUCAAUAAAAAACAAAAGUGCUCAUCUGUU